UAUAUUUCAGCUAAUCAUUGCACUGCUUUCAUACUGUUUACGAAAAGUGGCCCGAGUGCCGUUCACGCAUGGUGACACACACAAAAAAGGUCAAAAUUGCAAAGUCAUUCCGGUCUUACAAGUAAAUUCCAGAUUGAGCACAAAAACUGUUCAGGCAACUGUAAGAGGCAGAGGAAAAAUUUGUGUACUAUAAAUGGCAUUACGGACAGUAUAAUAAUUUAUUGCUGAACAUACUGAUAGAGACCCCAAUGUGAAAUAAAUCAUGCUGACAAGCACAAUAUUACACUGUUCAGCACUGUAUUGAAGAAAAAGAACUAAAUAUGGCACUUAUGGAGGAACUGGGGUGUUAUUUCCAACACUUUUCAAUGAAGAUACCUCACACUUUUGAUGGGUGCCCUAUUAGAAAAAUCCAUAACUUUCCAUACAGAAUAUGUAUGGAUUGGUAUGGAUUCUUACAACUUUGAACGGAAAGGAUAUGGAAAGCUACAGAAUGGUAUGACUUUGUUUGGAAUUGGUAUGGAGCGCGCACAGACUUCAAACACGGGACCUACGGACCUCUAUGGUGUGCUUACCGAAUCCAUGCAUCUUGUAGGGAGUUCUAUGGUGGGCGUACGGAAGCCAUACAGCGUGUUAACCUCCAUAGCGGUCCGUGCAGCAAGUGUACAGACUUCUAUGGUAGGCGUACGGAUUCCAUACAGCGUGUGUGACGAUGACCUUUCAGGGUCCAUAGAGCAUGCGUACCGACCUCAAUGGUGGUUGUGCGCGAUUUCAUACAUCGAUAUGUGGACCUACGUUCCUUGCAGUCACAGGAAAAAAAGAGCCCGAUUUAAGUUAACUGUAUAUAUAUAACUGUAACUGUAUAUAUAUAUAUAUAUAUAUAUAUAUAUAUAUAUAUAUAUAUAUAUAUAUACAGAUAUAAAAAUGAGCAAAUGCUCCAUGGCUGCACGUGAGGCAUAUGUUCACUGAUCGAGCGUGCUAGAAUCCCGGCUGUGGACGGCCGUUUCGAGCUUCUUGGCUCUCAUCGGCACAGCUUUGUAUCUGUACUGUGGGGGGCGCUAAUAACCCGGCAACUUCCGCGCGAUAGCGCAGAUAGCGCAAGAGAUAAAAGAGCGAGCGCUCGGGAAAAGAGGAUAUUCGUGCGGCAGGCACGCUGGCAGACGGUCACAGAAGCGAGGAGCGACGAAGCGGGCAGACGGCCAGCAGCUGUGAUGUAAGGCAAUAAACCUUGUUUCUUUUGUUCAACUGCUGUGUCAGUGUUCUUCGGGGUUACGGCGGGGUCGAAUACGGAACCACCCCGGGUUUGUGGGCCGAGGUUCCCACAAAAUUGGCGCCCAACGUUGGUGUUUUCGACCCGUCGUACCGUUUUCCCCGGAGGGCACGGCAUAGUUGCAGUUAGUGUGCAUUUUUGUUUUUUGUUUUUUCGUUCUGCCGCCGUCUGCGUUGCAACGCAGGUUCUUCGACCGGAGAUGCCUCCCAGGAAGAAGCACGAACCAGACAGUGACGAGGACGAGCCUGCGCCAGUGGCUGAGGACUUGCUUCGACAGAUGGCAUCCCUCUGUACGUUACUGACGCAGCAGCUUGGUAGCAGCACGCCCGCCGCCCAGCCGUCCCCGGACACGCAGCUGCGCCUGAACUUGCCGGUACCAACAUUUUCGGGCUACAGCGACUCCAAGUCGGCUGAAGAUUUCCUCGCCGACUUGAGUGCUUACCAAACUGCCGUUGGAGCCACCGACGACGUCAUUCUGCGUCGAGUACUUCCCGCAGCGCUGUGGCCUUGGUCCCGCUUGCGUGCCGAUUGCAAGAUGACAUCUGCAACAUUGGACCUUUCAUCGUGGUGCGCGUUCUGGGCAAAGACGUUGCAGGUUUGGUGGACACCGGCUGUUUCCCUGAUCGGCGACACCAUCCACGACUGGUACCGGGAGCGCAACAUCUCGGUACGGACGACCAGGACUCUCAUAAGGCUCGCCUCUGGUGCGGUUGUACCUGCCGGUGGCGCGGUGCGCCUUACCUUGACCGUCGAUGGACAUCGGGUCAGACAACGCUUUGUUUACCUUCCUGGGCUGGCAGGAGCAAUGAUCCUGGGACGCGACUUCAUUAUCCGGAUGGGACUUGUCCUGGACUUGCGUCGCGGAGGUUACCAGCAUGCAUGCAGCAGUGCCUUCUACCCAUUCCUGGAGUGGACAACUCCUGGAGCGGACCAACGCCGGACUGGCGAGAGAGCCCAGGACGACUGCUCAAAGCGAAACCGGGAACCGACUGGCAACAGCGAUGAACCUAAGCAGCAAGCCGCUGGAGUACUUCGCGGCGCUGGACCAUCACUGCCCGUUGGAGAGCAUCACGGAACGGGAUACCAAACGCCUGUAGUUGCAACUGCUGCCUUGCAUGAGGGUCUGCAAGGGUUUUCGGGAACCUCAGAGCAACGAGAAAUGCUGGAGCAAGCAUUGCUACCCUUUUCCCGGACGUUUACGGAAAAACCAGGUUUGACCGAAGUCUUGGAACACGGCAUAGACACCGGCGACGCAAGGCCUUGGAGAUGCAACCCGCGGCCGCUUAGCGUCCACAAGCGCAAGUUGCUCGAUGCUGCGCUGAACGAAAUGAUCGAGACGGGUGCUGUGAGACCCUCGCGCAGCCCGUGGGCCUUUCCGGUGGUACUCGCUCCGAAGAAAGAUGGAACCGCAAGGUUGUGCGUGGACUACCGCCGGUUGAACGAGGUGACGGAACACCUUUCACACCUGAAAGUCGUGUUGGGACGUAUGCAAGCUGCUGGGUUGACUGUCAAUCCUCGAAAAAUGCAGUUGGCGACUAACCGCAUCGACCUGCUAGGGUUUACAGUGGAGUCCGGCACGGUCAGGCCGAACGAGGACAAGCUGAAGGCUAUCCUAGACUACCCUCGCCCGCAGGACGUAAAGAGCUUGCAGCGCUUCCUUGGUAUGAUUGGAUUUUAUAGACAAUUCAUACCGCGGUGUUCGGACAUGACGCAGCCACUAACCUGGCUACUGCGGAAAGGUGCGCGCUGGUCAUGGGGAGAAGCACAGGAGAAUGCAUUCUCCGCCCUGACGGAAGCGAUAGCGCAGGUCACCUGUCUGUAUCUCCCAGAUCUUAAUCGCCCAUUUGUAAUGCAGACAGACGCGAGCGAUUAUGGACUGGGCGCAGUGCUGUUACAACAGCACGAAGGUGAACUUCGGCCGGUGGCAUUUGCAAGCCGCACGCUGACAUCACCUGAACGAAAUUACACCGUGACAGAGAAAGAGUGCCCUAGCUAUCAUGUUCGCACUGAAUAAGUUUGACAUGUACCUGGAUGGUGCGAAAUUUGCAAUCCAGACUGACCAUCAGGCACUCGCCUGGCUGAGUAGAUUGAAAAAUCCCGCCGGAAGACUUGCACGUUGGAGUCUGACGUUGCAACGGUACGACUUCUCGAUCGAAUAUCGGAGGGGGACCUCUAACAAAGUGGCAGAUGCGCUGUCUCGAGCACCUCUGCCCCUGGAGGACGUCGUUACCACGCAGGAGCUCGUAGCCGCGGUUGGACAAGCCGGAACGGACGGAGAGCAGGCGUGGGGACACAUCGUGAGCCGGAAGGACAUCGUGGAAGCCCAGAGGACGGACGGACUCUGUCAGCUUGUAGUAAGGUGGCUGGAGACAACGGGCCCAGCGGACGCCGGAGACGCUGAAGAGAGGUUCGACUCCUAUCAGCUGAGCGAGGAUGGUCUUCUGGUGAGGUAUAUCCCCCAGGCGGACGACGAGGAGAUCGGCGGCAACCCUUUCAGGAUCGUAGUACCACGAAAGCUACGUAAGUUAUUCCUCAGAUAUUUCCAUGACUCUGCUUUGGCAGGUCACGGUAGCGGCAGCAAGACUUAUUCUAAGUUAUGUCGUAUCGCGACGUGGCCAGGCAUGAUACAGGAUGUUUUGCGGUUUACUCGCAGCUGUCCAGUGUGUCAGAAGUCGAAACCUAGGGGCGGACAGCCGCCAGGAUUGCUGCAACCGAAUGUCAGUCAAGGGCCUUGGCAGAUAGUCGCAUCUGACGUAAUGGGCCCAUACCCCAGAAGUCCCCGUGGUAACCAAUACCUGUUAGUCAUUACAGAUCACUUCACGAAGUGGGUUGAGCUCUAUCCCCUGCGGAAAUUGGUGUCAGCUCGGAUCUGGGGUCGACUGCUGGAUGUCUUUUCGCGGUUUGGAUUCCCGGACCAGCUUAUCACGGAUAACGCCUCGUACUUUACAAGUAAGGUGUUCGUCGACACAUGCUCGGCAUUGAGUAUCCGACACAAGAAGACGUCCCCCUAUCACCCCCAGGCAAACAUAACUGAGCGGGUCAAUAGGAAUAUCAAAAUGAUGAUGGUAACACUUACCAGCAGGCAUAAGGAUUGGGACGCGCGUCUAACGGAGAUUGGCUUCGCCACUCGUACGACGGAAAAUAGGUCUACUGGGUUCACCCCUGCCUAUUUGAGUUUUGGACGGGAAAUAGUAUUCCCACUCGAAAACACGCUACGAACACUGAGGGAACAACCCCGUCCCCCGUAUGCACGAUAUGCGGAAGACAUUCGCAACCGUCUCUCAACUGCAGUUCGUUGUGCACGUGAGAAUCUGGAGGUCGCACGACUGGAGCAAGCAUCCCAGUACAACAAGGGUCGACGCCAGGUAACAUACCGCGUAGGAGACUUAGUCCUGAGGCGGACGCAUCCACUUAGCGACGCGGCGAAGGGCUUCGCAGCUUCUCUCGUGGACCGAUGGGACGGGCCUUACCGGGUAAGUGCGCAACUUACACCCGUAACUUAUAGACUUGAACGUUGCAGUACAAGCGAGGAGUCCGGCCCAGUUCACAUCACAUACCUCAAGGAGUUCAUCGAUCGCAUCUUGGAGCAAGAGGAAGGGCAAGAGGACUCGGGCACAAGUUCGUCGCAAUCCCAACCCUUCCGCGGCCCCAUCGACACGGAGUCGCAGCCCGCUGAAGAUGGGACAGUUCGGGGCGGGUUACCGGGGUCUCCUCGUUAUAACCUCCGCCCUCGUAGACCUCCAAGGUGAUGUUUUUUCAUUUUUUUCCCUGCAGAUGCCACGACCACCUGCAGCGAGAAGCCGUUCUCGACCCCAACAACGGCACCGACCUCAGCGAUUCCCUGGGAACUCUCCUGCUCGGAGGCCUUCCCCGUCACCCAGAUCCCCAAACAGAUCAAACAGACACCCCACCGAGCCUCCAGCGGUGUACACGGAACAAGAAAGAAGCGCCCUCUGCCCCUUCUGCGGUGUUCCACUAAUCCACCCUCCGACCCAUAAUGCGGGAGCCCUUUACCUGCAUCGUAUCCAACAAGCCGCACAGCCGAGGGCAGCAGCUAACAACGUGGCCUCCGCUCCUACACGUCGGGACAUAGUCGCUGCAGUGAACCUACUUCGGCAGCUGGCCCCCCAAGUUCUCGCUCGGCCAUCCUUCUCACCGGACCCUGAGGAUAUAAUCCUCGACCUCCCCGAACUUCCGGACAUUUGCCUCAAGGGGGGAGAGUGUGGGGGGCGCUGAUAAACCGGCAACUUCCGCGCGAUAGCGCAGAUAGCGCAAGAGAUAAAAGAGCGAGCGCUCGGGAAAAGAGGAUAUUCGUGCGGCAGGCAGGCUGGCAGACGGUCACAGAAGCGAGGAGCGACGAAGCGGGCAGACGGCCAGCAGCUGUGAUGUAAGGCAAUAAACCUUGUUUCUUUUGUUCAA